GGUACCCGGCCUAGCGCGCGGAGGAAGCCGCGAGGCCGCAGCCCACCCACCCGGGGCUCUGGAGAGGUGCAACCCCGGGCCUCUAAGCCCUCCCGGGGGUGCCAAGAAGCCGAACUGGGCCUGUCCCCAGGAAAACGUAGUCUCAGCUGUGGGGGGUCUCGAGCAGGCCUCGACCCUUGUCUCUGACCCGUGGAGAAGCUCGGUGCCUCACCCUCGCCGGGUCUUUGUGCAGGGCGCCGGCGGCCAUUGUGUCCGUGCGGGGAAUGGAGGACCCGGCAAUCCCCCACCGCCACCGCCACGACCAGGGCCUUUGGGGAAUUCAAAGAAAGCCAGCGGCGUUUCUGGGGGGUCUCCGGCUUUCAGCCUCCCAGAAAGGACCGGGGAUGGCCUUUCCAAAGUCAGACCGCAGAUCCAAGGCAGUGUUCCCCUCCCUCUGUUUCUCAUCGAAACCUUGAGCCCCAUCGAGAAGUCCCUUCAGGAUUUCUUCGGAAGCCUCACCCAGGGCUGAUACUGAAAUAGAAAAAAACAAAAAAACAAACUAAACCUCACACCAGCCACCUCCGAGAGAGUUCUCCUAGCUCCCAGUAGGAGGCGGAGAGCCAAGGGGCGUGCAAGAGCGAGGGGGCUGGGCUCCUGGGUGGCAGGAGGCCGCGGCUGCUGAGCGGCCGCCCUCGAUCGGGGCGAUGGAGGAGGAAGCAAGCGAGGGGGCCGGUUCUUGAGCUUCGUAAUUCCUGUGUCGCCUCCUGAGCUCUCAGUCCGCCGGGUCGCAUGAUCCCUCCAGCCGGAGCUGCUUUUUUUGCCAGCCGCCGCCGCGAGGCCGGUUGACUUACCGGCAUCCCCGCUGCCACCUCCUUUCCCACCUAUGAUACAAAAGAUCUUCCGGGGGCUGCACCUGCCUGCCGUCGCCUGAGACGGAUUUGAAUCUCUUUCUCUCCCUUCAGAACCUUAUCUUGGCUUUGGAUCUUGGAAGAGAACCACUAAGCAGAGACCAGACCCAGUGAGUGAGCAGGUGUUUUGGACAAUGGACUGGUGGAGCCCAUCCUUAUUAUAAAAAUGUCUCAGAGCAACCGGGAGCUGGUGGUUGACUUUCUCUCUUACAAGCUUUCCCAGAAAGGAUACAGCUGGAGUCAGUUUAAUGAUGUGGAAGAGAACAGAACUGAGGCCCCAGAAGGGACAGAAUCAGAUAUGGAAACCCGCAGUGCCAUCAAUGGCAACCCAUCCUGGCACCUGGCAGAUAGCCCUGCGGUGAAUGGAGCCACUGGCCACAGCAGAAGCUUGGAUGCCCGGGAAGUGAUCCCCAUGGCAGCGGUGAAGCAAGCCCUGAGGGAGGCAGGCGAUGAGUUUGAACUGAGGUACCGACGGGCAUUCAGCGACCUGACGUCCCAGCUCCACAUCACCCCAGGGACAGCUUAUCAGAGCUUUGAACAGGUAGUGAAUGAACUCUUCCGGGACGGGGUGAACUGGGGUCGCAUUGUGGCCUUUUUCUCCUUCGGUGGGGCACUGUGCGUGGAAAGCGUAGACAAGGAGAUGCAGGUAUUGGUGAGUCGGAUCGCAACUUGGAUGGCCACUUACCUGAAUGACCACCUAGAGCCUUGGAUCCAGGAGAACGGCGGCUGGGACACUUUUGUGGAACUCUACGGGAACAAUGCAGCAGCCGAGAGCCGGAAGGGCCAGGAGCGCUUCAACCGCUGGUUCCUGACGGGCAUGACUGUGGCUGGUGUGGUUCUGCUGGGCUCGCUCUUCAGUCGGAAAUGACCAGACACUGACCACCCACUCACCCACACACCCCCGUCCUCCCCCCACCACAUCUCUCCGUCCAGCCACCAUUGCCACCAGGAGAACCACUCCAUGGAGCCCACAGCCACCCACACAUCACAGGGUUGGGCCUCGACCUGGUCCCCCGCAAUUAGUUUUCUAGAAUUUACAUGCUUCUGUGAGAGCCGCCUUCCUCAAUUCUUAUGGCGUCAAAACCCACAAAAUUCUCUAGAAUCUGCCCCGGUGGAAGCUAACAGGUGUGGGGGGUUGUGACUGGGGGCCAGAGUGCCCCACCCGAUUGGUGGGUCCCCUUCCUCAUUUAGGGUCCCUGAGCAUGCUUUCUUGCCAGGGAGGAGCUGGAAAGUUUUCUGACCCUUUUCCCCAGAAAGAGAGACAAUAGAUUGCCUUCAUUUUGAUGUCUGUGGCCUCAGAAUUGAUCAUUUCCUGUCUCCCCCCUUCCCGGCCCUGGGUUCCCCGUUCAUUCAUCCCCACCCUCCCAAGAGCCACGUAGGGCCCACUUCUGACUAAUUAGGGAUUCAGGAUGCUUGGGAUAAAGAAAUAAGGACCAGGACCCCCUCCCCACCUCUGACCCAGCCAAAGUCCCUCCCCGCAAUCCCAGUGUCCUCUAGAGGCCUCUGGCUAGAGGCUGGCCUCACCCGAGAUGGAGGGACUAUAGCUGCAGGAAGCACCCCAUGCCAAAGCUGGGGUGGCCUUGCAGUUUAGCACCACCCCAGUUCUUCCCCUUCCCUGGCUCCAUGACCAUGACUGAGGGACCAACUAGGCCCGAGAUAGGUGCCGCAGAGCUGUUUAUGGCCUCAGCUGCCUCACUUCCUGCAAGAAGAUAAGCCUGUGGCGUCUUUGCCUUGGGCUGCUGCCCAUGGGGUUCAGGGGCCGUGGCCCAGAGGUGAGGGGGAGCUACCGGGAGCAGCUGUGGGAGCCCUAGGGUCUUCCUACCUCAGGCAGGAAGGGCAGGAAGAAGAGCCUUGUGCAUGGGGUGGAGCUGGGACUGGCCGGAGGGGCCAGCCCUGCCUGGUCUGAACAAUUUGUGCCCCACCCCCAUUCAGCCUGAACAGCCGGGCUGCCAAGGUCAGCACGGCCUGGCCAGGAGCUCUUCUGACCUCCCUCUCUCUCCUCUGCUCCACCCAUGGCCUGUCUCAUCCCUGGGGGUCCAGGCCUAGCCCCGGCCACCCCGGGCUCUCUGCUGUACAUAUUUGAAACUAGUUUUUAUUCCUUGUGAAGAUGAUAUACUAUUUUUGUUAAGCGUGUCUGUAUUUAUGUGUGAGGAGCUGCUGGCUUGCAGUGCGUGUGCACGUGGAGAGCUGGUGCCCGGAGAUCUAACAGCCUGAUGCUCCCUGCACCCCCCACCCCACCCCCCACCCUGGUCUGGGAAAGCCAGCCGGGGGUCCUGGCUCCUGAGAGGCACCUGUCCCUCCCCCAACCCCUACCCCACACUUUUUCCAGCUCUUUGAAAUAGUCUGUGUGAAAGUGAAGGUGCAGUUCAGUAAUAAAAUGUGUUCUUCGUGAGCAAA